GCGCGGCGUAGCGGCCCGAGCGCCGCAGUCGUCGCCGGCGUCUCCUGGACUCGAUACUACGCCGCCGAGCCCUCCUUUUCCUGACUGAAAUCCUCUCCGCGCUCGAGGCUCCGCUGGUAACCAUGGGUUGCGAUGACGAAGUGCUCAAGAUCAAGAAGAAGCUCGACAAGAUGACCACGAGCGGCAGUGACCAGACACAGGCACUGGAUUUGUUGAAAGUGUUGCAGACCCUUCCAAUCAACUUCCAGGUACUAUCUAAAACUCGCAUUGGAAUGACCGUCAACGCCCUACGAAGAGCGUCCUCAGAUGAUGAUGUAAUUUCAACAGCGAAACAGCUCAUCAAGAACUGGAAAAAAUUUGUUCCUGACAAGAAGGAGGAUGAAGACAAAGAUAAUAAAGAAGAGAAGAAGAAGGACAAGGAGGAGAAAAAGGAGAGUAAGAGUGGCAGCAACAGUAACAGCAACAGCAGUAGCAGCGGGAGUGGGAGUUCCAAGCCUACCUCGUUUCCUCCUUCAGCUCCACCUACCACUGACGCCCUGCGGCUGAAGUGCCGAGAGAUGUUAACAAAUGCUCUGAAGUGUUCAGAAUAUGAUUUUGUUAUAAUUGCGUCAAUCCCUUCUGCACAGGAAAUGGCGAGUGAUGAGAUGAAAGCACUUCGAGAGAAAUUCACCAAGGAGGCCAUUGAUGAUCACCAGCUGGCAGUGGCCCAAGGCACCAAGACGGACUUGCUGAAAUGUGGCAAGUGCGGGCAGAGGGAUUGCACCUACAAUCAGAUGCAGACAAGAAGUUCUGAUGAACCGAUGACGACCUUUGUUUUGUGCAAUCACUGUGGCAACCGCUGGAAGUUCUGCUAAAACAAUUGGAGGAAUCCUUUGUGGGCCAAAAUACUAUUUUUUCUAGUUUUAUUUUGGAGGUAUUAACGAUUGACUCAUCCACGAAUGUUAGUUGGUAAAGUUGGUAUUAAACCUUCACUAUCAGAUAGACAAACACACGCUCAAGCACACAUACACGCGCACACAUACACACAGGCAUACGCAUAGACACUCCAAUGUGGAGACAUGUAGAAAAGAAACCUUCACUCUAAUACUAACGUUCACACAAACAAAAUGCUAAUGUAAACCCAAAUACAGACACAAAGACACGCACAAGCACAAGCACAUGCACAAAACACUAAUGCAAACACUCACAAACUGUAUGUGCUAAUGCAUUGAUAAGAACUGUUGAGAGAUAAUUUAUGUAAUUUCAUACUUUUGCAUUGUACUCUACUGAAUAGUGCUCCGGGCUUAACACUAGAUUCAACUGCAAUAACUGACUGUAGAUAGUGACACCAUGCUAAGAACUCUUUAGCACUUGCUAUUGCACUUUUUUUUAUUAUAUUAUUUUGAUUUCUAUAUAAUAUUUUUGGAAGUAAAAUAAAAAAAAAGUAAAAUACUUUUCAUUCUAUCAACCCUUUUAUUUUUGUAAGUGUUGUAUCUUGAGAAAUAUUAGAAAGUUCAUCUACCAGGCUUGAGUGGAGAAAAAUUAAGCAUAGCCUUUAUUGCAGAGUUUGGCAGGAUUGUGUACAAGAGUUUUGUUAUUAGAUAUGUUGCCCACAGAUGCAUGAAGAUUUGCUGUAAAGGAAGGGGUUUUUCAGAAUAAAUGUAUCAUGUUUUUUUUUUAAUGUUUAUUUGACAUGGAAUUUCAAGCUUUAAAUUUAUUUAAUAGAAGCCAUAGGUAGUGUAAAAUCUGUAGCAGCACACUGCAGAAAGGAAUUAUUUUAAAUUUGAUCAAGUAAAGUGCAUGUAUUCUGAACAGUUCAUUGACAUAGUGUUGGUGUUCUUUUCAAUUAUUUUUUUAUUUGUUUACUUUGUUAUACAUGUUCUGAACCCAAGGUCAGUUCCCCAAAUGUUGUUUCCCAUUUAGAAGGAACAGUUAUGGAUCUUUGUUUUUGUUCUUUGAUAUGCUUUUUUUUAAAUGCUCCUACUGAUUUAGGUUAAACAUAGAAAAGCCUCGUGUAAAUAAAACCAGGUCUUGUAACCUUUUUUUUUCCAAUGUAAAGACUUGAAAUUUUGAUACUGAUUAGAGGUAAAUUUCACCACUACAAAAACUGGAAAGGAAUUGUUAUAUUUAUAUACUGUAAUGACACUUAGAACAUAGCGUGGAAAAUUGAAAUUUGUUAAUAGGAAUAUGAUAGGUCCUGAAAUAUUUGAGUGACUUCAGUUUUAUGGGCAAGUGAAAGUUACUGAUAUCUGAUGUUUGCGAAAGUGAAAUUUAGUCAAAUUUUACUUUACCAUUCCAGAAAAAGAAAAGCAAAUGAAUUGGAAUCGUGUCUUUAGGAAAUUAACACCACAAAACAGAUGCAAUUUAUAUAUCUAUUUAUAUAUUUGGCAGUUUCCAUUAUGGUGUGUGAACUUGUUUAUAUAUAUGUAUAUGAAUAUAUAUAUGAAAGGCUGUGUUUCUGAAUUUUGUGGCUAUAUAUUUGACAGGCAUUUAAUUUUUUAUCACAGCCAUCUUUUAACUUUACUGUGGAGCAUAUUUAUCAAGCAUCAAUAGGAAAUUUACUUGAUAUAGGUUGCUUUGUGAUUUGUGUAAUUUAGUGUAAGUCAUCAUGUUUAUUAGUUUAAUGUGAACUUGCGCAAAAUUACCUUGUGUUGUCAGUACUUUGUGCGGAGCCAAUGCAGUAUGGGAAAAAACAAGACCAUCUGUAUGGCUUGAAUUAAUUUUAUUUUCAGUUGGAGCAUUUCCAAACUUGAAAGGCUUAAUUCUAGAAUUAAUGCAGUUUUCAUAUCUUGAGUACUGUGUUCUUGUCAAUACAAAUGUACCUGUAGAA